GUGACCUUCAUCAACCGAUGAUUAUUCUCAACCAACCACAAAGACAUUGGCACUCUUUACCUAAUUUUCGGCACAUGGGCGGGCAUAGCCGGCACAGCACUUAGCCUUCUAAUUCGCGCAGAACUAGGACAGCCCGGAACUCUCUUAGGAGACGAUCAAAUUUACAAUGUAAUCGUCACAGCCCAUGCUUUCGUCAUAAUCUUCUUUAUAGUUAUACCCAUCAUGAUCGGUGGCUUCGGAAACUGACUAGUCCCACUUAUAAUCGGUGCCCCAGACAUAGCAUUCCCCCGCAUAAAUAACAUAAGCUUCUGACUCCUCCCUCCCUCCUUCCUUCUCCUACUAGCCUCAUCUACCGUAGAAGCUGGGGCCGGCACAGGAUGGACAGUUUACCCCCCUUUAGCCGGCAACCUAGCCCACGCUGGCGCAUCAGUAGACCUAGCCAUCUUUUCAUUACACUUAGCAGGUGUUUCCUCCAUUCUAGGAGCCAUCAACUUUAUCACUACCAUCAUCAACAUAAAACCCCCCGCACUGUCACAAUACCAAACACCCCUAUUCGUAUGAUCCGUCCUCAUUACUGCCAUCCUACUACUCCUCUCCUUACCCGUCCUAGCAGCUGGGAUUACCAUACUACUUACCGACCGCAACCUUAACACCACAUUCUUCGACCCAGCUGGAGGAGGAGACCCAAUCCUAUACCAACACCUAUUCUGAUUCUUCGGUCACCCCGAAGUUUACAUCCUCAUCCUCCCAGGUUUCGGAAUAAUUUCCCACGUAGUAGCAUACUAUGCAGGAAAAAAAGAACCAUUCGGAUACAUAGGAAUAGUCUGAGCCAUACUGUCAAUCGGAUUCCUUGGCUUCAUUGUAUGAGCCCACCAUAUAUUCACAGUCGGAAUGGACGUAGACACCCGAGCCUACUUUACAUCAGCCACAAUAAUCAUCGCCAUCCCAACUGGUAUUAAAGUCUUCAGCUGACUAGCAACCCUGCACGGAGGAACAAUUAAAUGAGACCCCCCUAUGCUAUGAGCCCUAGGAUUCAUCUUCCUCUUCACUAUCGGAGGCCUAACGGGAAUCGUCCUUGCUAACUCAUCACUAGAUAUUGCCCUUCAUGACACCUACUAUGUAGUCGCCCACUUCCACUAUGUCCUCUCAAUGGGGGCAGUUUUUGCCAUUCUAGCAGGAUUUACCCACUGAUUUCCCCUCUUCACAGGCUUUACCCUACACCCAUCAUGAACCAAGGCACAUUUCGGAGUAAUAUUUACCGGAGUUAACCUAACCUUUUUCCCCCAACAUUUCCUGGGCCUAGCUGGAAUACCCCGACGAUACUCAGAUUACCCAGACGCCUACACACUAUGAAACACACUAUCCUCAAUCGGCUCCUUAAUUUCAAUAACAGCCGUAAUCAUACUCAUAUUCAUCGUCUGAGAAGCCUUCUCAGCAAAACGAAAAGUGCUCCAACCCGAAUUAACUGCCACUAAUAUCGAAUGAAUUCAUGGCUGCCCACCCCCAUACCACACCUUCGAAGAACCAGCCUUUGUACAAGUGCAAGAAAGG